AUGGGAAAUCUCUUAGGAAGUGAUAACAAUAUAUAAAAACCUAAGCUAAUAAUGACAGGAUUAGAUAAUGCAGGAAAAACUACUAUUUUAUAUUAAUAAAAGCCAGAUAAAAUAGAAAAUUUAAUUCCAAGAAUUGGAUUUUUAGUGGAAUAAUUUAAAUCAAAACAAUUUGAAAUAUUUGCUUGGGAUGUUGGUAGAGCUGAUAGAUGCGUAUAUAUUCAUAUACCAAAAGAUUCCAAUUAUGAUGGAUUAAUUUAUGUUGAUUAUGCCGAUAAAGAGAGGAUGGAAUAUGCUAUAUGUGAGUUAUAAAAACUAUUAAUUAUUGAUGAGAUAAAAGAUUUACCUCUUUUAUUGUUAAUAAAUAAGAAAGAUCCUUGUUAAGUGAACAUUUAGGAGAUUGCUUUAUAAUUUAGCCUUGAAAAACUAUGCAAAAAUUGGCAUAUUUAACCUUGUUCUGCAUUGACAGGGGAUGGAGUUAAGGAUGGGUUAAAAUGGAUGUAAAAAUAGAUUAAAUGAAAUGAAAUAUAAUUUAAGUUUAAAGUAAUAUAAAGACAAGGAAUCUUAAUAAUGUAAUUAAGUUGUUGAAAAUGUG